GGCCGAGCCGCCCGUCCCGCCCCGGAGCCCCUCGGCGACAGCGCCGGGUUCGCCGCCAUGACGGGCAGUAACAUGUCUGAUGCUCUGGCGAACGCCGUGUGCGAGCGCUGCCAGGCGCGCUUCGACCCUGCCGAGAGGAUCGUGAACAGCAAUGGGGAGCUGUACCACGAGAGCUGCUUUGUCUGUGCCCAGUGCUUCCGGCAGUUCCCAGAGGGACUCUUCUAUGAGUUUGAAGGUAGGAAGUACUGUGAGCAUGACUUCCAGAUGCUGUUUGCUCCUUGCUGCGGAGAAUGUGGUGAGUUCAUUACUGGGCGUGUUAUCAAGGCAAUGAACAACAACUGGCACCCAGAAUGUUUCCGCUGUGAGCUCUGCGAUGUGACCCUUGCUGACCUGGGUUUUGUGAAGAAUGCUGGCAGGCACCUGUGCAGGCCAUGCCACAACCGUGAAAAAGCCAAGGGACUGGGCAAGUACAUCUGUCAGAAGUGCCACUUGAUAAUUGAUGAGCAGCCUCUGAUGUUUAGGAAUGAUUCCUAUCAUCCAGAUCACUUCAACUGCACCCACUGUGGGAAGGAGCUGACGGCCGAGGCGCGGGAGCUGAAGGGGGAGCUCUACUGCCUGCCCUGCCACGACAAGAUGGGCAUCCCCAUCUGCGGCGCCUGCCGCAGGCCCAUCGAGGGCCGCGUGGUCAACGCGCUGGGCAAGCAGUGGCACGUCGAGCAUUUUGUUUGUGCCAAGUGUGAGAAGCCAUUCUUGGGGCACCGACACUAUGAGAAAAAGGGGCUGGCCUAUUGUGAGACUCAUUAUAAUCAGCUCUUUGGAGAUGUCUGCUACAACUGCAGCCACGUGAUAGAGGGAGAUGUGGUAUCAGCUCUUAACAAGGCCUGGUGUGUGAAUUGCUUCUCCUGCUCCACCUGCAAUGUCAAGCUCACACUGAAGAAUAAAUUUGUGGAGUUUGACAUGAAGCCUGUGUGCAAGAAAUGCUAUGAGAAAUUCCCUCUGGAGCUGAAGAAACGUCUGAAGAAGUUGUCAGAGCUCGCAUCCAAGAAGAUCCAUCCUAAAGCUUUAGAUUUAAACUCUGCUUAAAGCAAACAGGUCUGUCAGUCUCCUGACUGCACUCUUAACACAAGCUGCUGCUCACUGCAGCUGUUGAUUACAGAAGCAAUUACUAAGAAGUGGAACCAAAGAUAAGCAGUACCUUCCCCUGCUUCUGGUGAUGUCUCUUGCAUCUAGACUGUCCCUUUUCCCAAGCAAUUGUCUAUUAACACUGGCAGGAAGAGGAAUAUGAGUUCUGCUUGAGCAGUGCACAGGCUGAUUAUUAAUUUGCUACUAACAUUGCAUUUUGCCUUUGUGGAGCUAUACACAAUCUUUCCUUCUUCACUUGAGCUGUACUACUCUUUCCGCUCCUCUAGUCCAAGGAAUUUGGAAAGAGUGGUUAAAUGUAGGGCUGGAAGAAAUGUCAGGUUUGCUCUUUCUCAAUCAGAGUAUCAGAAUUUUUCUUCUUACUCUGACUGAAGCAGUUUUUAGGGUUUUUAAUAUAUAGGCAAAUAGUUUGAAAGUUGUCAUUCUUUACUACAUGUGAAAAGUUCUGGUCUUUCUCCAGAUUCCUACAGAGAAUAUAUGGGUGCCCUAUCCCAUAUCCCAAUCCUUCUGGUUGGUAUGUUUACUGGGCAAGCCCAGGAACCAGUAGCUAUGGCAUCUGCACUGCCCACUUAGACCCAGUGUUAAGGCAGCUAAGAAGUUUCCUUUGCUGCUUCUGUGCUCAGUACGAGGGAGAUUUCAGCUGUCAAGGCCAUGUGAGCCUCUUCAGAAUAGCUGGGCUCUCCUUAAGGAGAAGGUGGCUUUAGGAAACUAAACAUUUUAUUAGAACUGACACUCAUUUUCUCUGUUCUCUACUACUACAUGGCUGGUAGAGCUUCUGCUGGGCAAUGUCCUGUCCAUUGGCAUAGCUGAUAUUUAUUGAGGGAGUGUGGCUGGAGCAUUGGUUACUCUUCUGCAUAAGGAAAUUGAAUAAGUAAUAUGGUACCAAUUUAAGCAUUUCAGUUUUCCCAUUCUCACUUUAUUUGCCAGCCAAUAUAUGCUUGUUGGUCAUGCUCCACAAAGCCCAAUUACAUGAAGGUGUUUCUAAUGUUUACAUUUUGUAGCAAAUGUGUUACACAGAAAAACCCAUUUUUCUUAAAAUUUUUACCCAAAUAAGAGUCCCAUUCAUCUUUCUUUUAGAGACCUGAGUUUACUUCAGGAGAUCUCAUACAUGAUGCUAACAUCUCAAGCAUAUAGUCCUCCUCUGAAAUUUUGCCUGUCACCAGUGAGGUUUCACUGGUCCUACUGUCUCUGCUACCACAUCCCAGCGUGCUGAGAAAUGUACUGGUUUUGGAUAUUCUCAAUACUUCUUUAG